AUGGAGUCCAACAACACGAGACCCUUCUCGUCUGAGUGUGCUUAUUUCAGCCGUGACAUCAUAAACACCGCCGUGGCGUGUCUGUUCUUCCUGCUGUUCCCCGUGGCGUUCCUGCUGAACGGGCUGGCAGCGUGGGUGUCUCUCCACCUGCGCUCCACCUCCACCUUCAUCGUGUACCUGAAGAGUCUGGUGGCUGCUGACCUGCUGAUGACCCUCACGCUGCCCCUGAUGGCGGCCAGCACGCUGCCUGGGGCCUCGCUCUGGUUAAAGGCCUUCUCCUGUCGUUAUAAUGACGUCAUCUUCUACAGCUGUCUGUACACCAGCAUCGCUCUGAUGGGCCUCAUCAGCCUCGACCGCUUCUUCAAAAUCGUGCGCCCGUGCGGGCUGCUGCUGGGGCAAACGGUGGUCUGCAGCCUGGUCAUGUCCUCCUCGGUCUGGGUCGUGUUGUUUGGUACCACAGUCAUCCCGACGAUGGUCCUCACAGACCAGCAGCCUGUUAAUAUUACAGGAGAUCUCUGCAUGUCCCUGAAAAGUAAAGUGGGUCUGAAGCUUCACAAGUACGUGGUCCUGUCCAUGGAGAUCCUGUUCUGGCUCGUCACCAUGGUGAUUGUCUUCUGCUACGUCUGCAUCACCCUGAAGGUCCUGAAGUCCUUCAGGAACUCUGGCAGCAACAACAGCCAGGGGAAGAAGAAGACCAAGCUCCGAGUCUUCCUCAUCCUCCUGGUGUACUUUGUGUGUUUUGUGCCUCUGCAUGUGAUGCGUGUUCCUUUUACACUGUAUGAAGUCUUUGACAUCCAUGUCUGUGAUCAGGUCUGGGUGACGGUGGUCCAUAAACUGGCCCUGUGGCUCUCCACCACCAACGCCUGCCUGGACCCGGUCCUCUACAUCUACCUGUGCAGGGAGUACAGAGACAAGCUGCUGGAGAUGAUGAAGGCCAGAGGGAUCCGUGUCGCGUUACAGUCAAGUGAAAACGAGGAUGUUUCAGUCUAG